AUGCUAUCCAGAAGUGCUCGGACUUUCAAACGAGCAUUUUCGAAGGCUUCUUCGAAUCUCGAAUUAACCACGUUGAAAAAUGGUGUUCGUGUCGUGACAGAUUCCACUCCAGGACAUUUCAGUGCACUUGGAGCCUAUAUCGAUGCUGGAUCCAGAUAUGAAACAGAUUCGACCAGCGGAUUAUCUCACAUGCUUGACCGUUUGGCAUGGAAGUCGACAGCAAAGCGCUCGGGAGUUCAGAUGAUGGAGGACUUGGCCCGAUUGGGUGGAAACUAUAUGUGCGGAGCCCAGCGAGAGCUGAUUCUUUACCAGGCUUCGGUUUUCAACAAAGAUACUCCCAAGAUGUUUGAUUGUAUUGCAGAAACCGUCAGAGAACCUAAAUUGUUAGAUUCCGAGAUUGAGGAGGCCAAGUAUUCAGUGGAAUAUGAGCUUGAUGAGCUCUCACAUAAAUAUGAUACAUUUCUUCCGGAAGUUCUCCAUGCCGCUGCAUAUCCCGAUAACACCCUCGGAAUGCCACUUUAUGGGUCGAUGGACUCACUUCCUAGAAUAACUCCAGAAUCUGUUCAGAGCUUCCACAAGUCGUUCUACAGACCAGAAAACACAGUGGUGGCCAUGGUUGGCGUAGACCACGAGGCAGCAGUGAAGAUGGCUGAGGCCCAAUUGGGUGACUGGGUCAAUCCUUCUGCUAAUCCUUCUCAGAAGGCAAAGUCUCAGUACCAGGGUGGAGAAGUUUGGUUGCCUUACCAGGAACCAAGAUACGCCAACUUGCCCAAAUUGGUGCAUAUGCAAAUUGCAUUUGAAAAUGCUGGUCUACUCAGCGAUGACUUGUAUGCAUUAGCUACACUUCAGAAGCUUUUAGGUGGAGGCCUGUCAUUCUCAGCUGGAGGUCCAGGAAAGGGUAUGUUCCUGAGAUUGUUUAGAGUUCUCAACCAAUAUCCAUUCGUCGAAAACUGUCUGUGCUUCAACCACGCGUACAGCGACUCAGGACUUUUUGGAAUCACUAUCUCGUGCUAUGUUGACCAUGCCGAGUAUAUGGCACAGGUUGUGGCACAUGAGCUUGCAAAGGUGAUGGAAGAGGAUGUGGGUAAAGGUGGAAUCACCAAACAAGAAUUACGCAGAGCCAAGAACCAAUUGACCAGUGCACUUUUGAUGAAUGUUGAGAGUAAAUUGGCAGCUUUAGAGGAUAUCGGUAGACAGGUACAAUGCCAGGGUAAGGUCACGUCGGUGGACGAAAUGGUGGAAAAGAUCGAGGCACUCACUAUUAAAGAUGUCCAAGAUGUGGCACGCAAGGUUCUUCUUGGAAACGGCAAUGGAGAACAACUGGCUAGGCCUACGGUGGUGAUGCAGGGAGACCGUGCACAAUUCGGAGAUGUUGAGUUUGUAUUGAGGUACUUUGGAUUAGGUAAGUGGGAUGGAGCCAUGCCCCUGGGGCCUAGGGACUAUUCCAAACCACAAUCUUCGUUCGGAAAGUGGUUUUCCUAA